CCCUCCGUGAUUUCUUGAGCGGCUCUCAGUGUCAAAGCAGCCGUGAGAGGGGGAGGAUGUCCGACCACAGCUCCGAGAGUGAUGAGGGGAAGCCUUCAGAAACUACUAACUUCACGCGGACAGCCGAGAACCAGGCAGAGGAGACCAAGGGACUUCGGAAUCUGAGGAGGACGAAAUCAGUCACCUUAGCCGAGCACAUAACACAAGCGGAGAAGCGGGCGAGGCAGAGUCAACCGGAUAGGCCGAUACAUGUGCCGAGGGACUCCCUGUUCUCGUGGUCGUCUGGUUUUGAGCACUAUGAAGGAUUUGUCAACUGGGGGAUCCUUAUCCUGCUGAUCGGUGGUCUCAGGCUGUUCCUGGAGAAUGUUAUCAAGUAUGGGGUCAAGAUCAAUCCUCUAUCGUGGUUGCUGUGGCUGAAGGACCAACAGGAGAACGAUUACUACUACCACACGCCCUUGUUCCUGGCACUCGCGCACGUUCAUGUCUUCAUUUCCUUCUACAUUGAAAAACAGCUGGCGAAGGAUCGGAUACGCCCCCCCCUGCAGUACUAUCUCCUGGUCGGCCAUCUCAUAAUCAUCAUUCUCAUACCAAUGAUAGUACUUGGAAUUUGGCCUCAUCAAUUUAGCUUGCUGGGUCGGACGGUCGUGUGCGUCGUGUACACGGUUUUGUUCCUCAAGCUGUGGUCGUACGCACACGUCAACCAUUGGUGUCGUCUGGCGCGCUCAAGCAGUCUGUCGAGAAGGCGGAGUUUUACGUUCUCGAAGGCCAAGCAGAAUGGUCAAGAGGUCAACCACGAGGAGGAGUCACGUACCUCCCCCGGGGUCAGCCUGGUCCAGUACCCCGACAACUUGACCUUGCCUGACCUCUACUACUUCCUGGCGGCCCCAACACUCUGCUACGAAUUGAACUUUCCCAGGUCACAGCGCAUCAGGAAAAGGUUCCUACUGAGGCGGAUGUUGGAAGUAGUCGUGAUCAGCAACAUCAUUCUCGCGAUGUUUCAACAGUGGAUGAUUCCCAGCGUCAAGAAUUCGUUCCAGGCCUUCUCUGAUCUGGACUUCAUUAGAUGCACAGAGAGACUACUUAAGCUUGCCAUCCCGAACCACAUCGUCUGGUUGUCGUGGUUCUAUCUACUCUUCCACUCGUUCCUCAACACCAUGGCGGAACUCCUGUACUUCGCGGAUCGGGACUUUUAUCAGGACUGGUGGAACGCGUCUGAUGUUGGUACUUUUUGGAGGCUGUGGAAUCUACCUGUUCAUAAGUGGGCUCUCAGGCACGUCUUCAUCCCUAUCAGCAAGCACAGGUACAGCCGGAGCGUAGCGUCUAUGGCCGUCUUCCUUAUAUCCGCGGCCCUGCACGAGUAUGUGGUCUCGGUCCCUUUACAUAUGUACAAGGUCGGAGUCUUCCUCGGCAUGAUGGUCCAGGUCCCGUUGGUCUAUAUCAGUUCGUUCGCCCACAAGACCUUCGGGAAACGCGUAGGAAACAUGAUGGUAUGGACGUCUCUCAUCCUAGGUCAACCCUUGGGCAUCAUGGUCUACUAUCACGACUAUGUGGUCAAAAACUUCGACCCUAAUAUGUUGGGCUUGUAAGGAGAGGAAGAGGAGGAGGAGGAGGAAGAGGAAGAGGAGGAGGAGGAGGAGAAGGAGGAGAUGAUUGUUGAAGGAGUUUGUAUAAGAGAGAGAGAGAGAGAGAGAGAGAGAGAGAGAGAGAGAGAGACCUACCUAUAUAGCCUAUGCAUUUAACAAGCACACAAACUCUCUCUCUCUCUCUCUCUCUCUCUCUCUCUCUCUAAUAUGAUAUAAAAAGACAUUCCAAUUAAUCUUCUUCCUCCUCCUCCUCCUCCUCCUCCUCCUCUUGUUCUUCCUCCUCCUCCUCCUCCUCCUCCUCCUCUUGUUCUUCCUCCUCCUCCUCCUCCUCCUCGCUGUGUGAUAAUCAAUGGUGCAAUUAUACAUAAAUAUAUUCUUGUGUUAAUGAAUUUGUUGAAUAAAAAGAAGAAUUAUUUAUA